GCCCAUUGUUGUUAAAUAGUACAAACAGGUUUCACCGCGUCACUUGUUGAGUUGUUCGUUCAACUACACCUGAAGUCGCCUGUAGCAGAGUGACCAUGGCGUGCCACAUGUCGCUCAGCUCUCGCCUAAACAAGGCCGUGCGGCAGCAGUACAUGAGCCUGCCUCAGGGAGGGAAGUGCCAGGUCACCUACAUUUGGGUCGAUGGCACCGGAGAGGGACUCCGCAAUAAGACAAAGACUCUGGACACAGAGCCAGCCAGUAUAGAAGAUGUUCCCGAGUGGAACUUUGAUGGCUCGAGCACCUACCAGGCCGAAGGCUCCAACAGCGACAUGUACCUCAUCCCCGUCCGCAUGUUCAGGGAUCCGUUCACCCUCGACCCCAACAAGCUGGUCCUCUGCGAGGUUCUCAAAUACAACCGCUUACCUGCAGAAACUAACCACCGGACAAGCUGCAAUAAAGUGAUGGAGAAGGUCAAAGAGCACUGCAUUUGGUUCGGAAUGGAGCAGGAGUACACACUUUUAGGAGUGGAUGGACAUCCUUUUUGCUGGCCCCCAAACGGAUACCCAGGACCACAAGGCCCUUACUACUGUGGAGUGGGGGCUGAUAAUGCUUAUGGAAGAGACAUCGUGGAGUGCCACUACAAGGCCUGCCUCUAUGCCGGGGUUAAAAUCUGUGGCACCAACGCUGAAGUCAUGCCGUCUCAGUGGGAGUUCCAGGUCGGUCCCUGCGAGGGCAUCGAGAUGGGUGACCAUCUGUGGGUCGCGCGCUUCCUGUUGCAUCGCGUGUGUGAAGAUUUUGGGGUUGUGGCGACACUGGAUCCCAAACCGAUUAAGGGCAACUGGAACGGAGCUGGUUGCCACACAAAUGUCAGCACCAAGGUGAUGAGGGAAGAAGGAGGCCUGCAGUACAUCGAGGAGGCCAUCGAGAAGCUGAGCAAAAAACACGCCGAGCACAUCGCCAUGUACGACGCGCAUGGAGGCAAAGACAACAUAAGGCGUCUCACAGGCCAGUACGAAACCUCCAACAUCAACGACUUCUCCGCUGGAGUGGCAAACCGUGGCGCCAGCAUCCGCAUCCCACGGCAGGUGGGCCACGACAAGAGAGGUUACUUUGAGGACCGGCGGCCUGCAGCAAACUGUGACCCCUAUACAGUGACAGGGGCCAUCGCAAGGACCUGCCUGCUGCACUCAGAAGAGGAAGAUGAAGAUAAAAGCAAGUAGGAGGGAAGUGUAGACUUCUGUUGCUUAGAUAUAUUAACAAAUGUAUGAGCUAUCAUCUGUCUGUGUUUACCUGACCCGGACAACACUGUCUGUAAAAAGGACAUGUAGUCUGGAUGUUUGUUUGUGUGACUAUCCAAGAAACGCUAUUUGUGCAUAUUUAUCAGAUCACUAGAUUCUUUUUCAGGGCACAUGUUAUUCAUUAUUCAUCAUGAAAGCAAUAAUAGUAAUUUCAUAUGUCCAGUGUUAGUGGGAAAAGUGAAAUAAAGAGACAACAGAGCUGUG